AAUCCAUUUCAACUGUUGCAGAGAGAGAGAAAGAGAUUAUAAAUAAUUAAAUAAACAGAAGAUAUUUUCAUUACUUUGCCGACCAUUCAUAAAAUAUCUUUCCCCAAAAACUUCAUUACCGGAAAAAGGUCAAAAAGUACGAAAAAACCACCACCUUUCUCCUCCAUUCCUUCACAUAUACCUUCUUAUCUGAGGCUAAAAUUGACUUAUCACUUCUCGGUUCUCUGUGUUGGUUGGUCAACCCGUAAUCUUCAGCUCCGAUCACCAGUUCCGGUAACUGGUAGCCAUUUGUGAGAAAGCUCUGGGAUGUGAAUCGAGCUUAGUUUGAGUUGAAUCCGAGGUAGCAAACGAAAUGGAUCGAGGUCCGGGACCGUGUAUGGAUAUGCCGAUCAUGCACGAUAGUGACCGGUACGAUUUUGUCAGAGAUAUCGGGUCGGGUAACUUUGGCGUUGCGAGGUUGAUGACAGAUAAGCAGACUAAAGAGCUAGUUGCUGUCAAGUAUAUCGAAAGAGGCGAUAAGAUAGACGAAAACGUUCAGCGGGAGAUAAUCAAUCACAGGUCCCUUAGGCAUCCUAACAUAAUUAGGUUCAAAGAGGUGAUUCUGACGCCAACUCAUCUUGCUAUUGUGAUGGAGUAUGCAUCUGGUGGGGAGCUUUUUGAGAGAAUUUCUAAUGCAGGGCGCUUCAAUGAGGAUGAGGCUCGCUUCUUCUUCCAGCAACUUAUAUCUGGUGUCAGCUACUGUCACUCCAUGCAAGUAUGUCAUCGGGACUUGAAGCUGGAAAAUACAUUGCUUGAUGGAAGCCCUGCUCCUCGGCUAAAAAUUUGUGAUUUUGGGUAUUCCAAGUCUGCUCUGCUGCAUUCACAGCCAAAAUCAACUGUGGGAACUCCUGCUUAUAUUGCACCAGAAGUUCUGUUGAGGAAAGAAUAUGAUGGCAAGAUUGCAGAUGUCUGGUCGUGUGGAGUGACAUUGUAUGUCAUGUUAAUGGGUGCUUACCCUUUUGAGGAUCCUGAUGAACCAAAAGAUUUUCGGAAGACGAUCAAUAGAAUCCUGAGCGUGCAGUAUUCUGUUCCUGAGAACAUUCAGAUAUCUGAGGAAUGUCGCCACUUAAUCUCACGGAUCUUUGUUGGAGAUCCGGCACAGAGGAUCACAAUGCCUGAAAUCAGAAAUCAUGUAUGGUUUUUAAAGAAUCUUCCAGCGGACUUAAUAGACGAUAAGAUGAUUAGUGACCAGUUUGAAGAACCCGAGCAACCAAUGCAGAGCAUUGAUACGAUCAUGCAAAUAAUCUCGGAGGCAACAGUACCACCAAUUGGCUUGUAUAACUUGGAAAUGAUGGACGAUGACAUGGAUGACUUGGAUUCAGAGCCUGAUCUUGAUAUUGAUAGCAGCGGGGAGAUCAUAUAUGCAAUGUGAGUGCAUGCCAUGCUUGUGAAAAGGAAGUUGUAUCUGCAAUCUUACGAGAACAUUUGUGGACUUGUUGGUGUGCAAAGCUUAAGAGAUUGUUGAAUGCUCAGUAACAAGAACAUGGGGG